GUCCCAUGAAGCCUCUCUUCCACACAACCAUUCUCUGUGGAUCUUUCUUUCUCACUCCAUCUCUCUCCUCCAAUCUAUAUUUGGUCACAUAUCUGUUGGCCACUAACACAGCUGAGGACUUCUUACAGACUGGUGUUCUUUUCUGCUUGUGUCAAAAGGGAUCUCUCCAUCUUUUUCUCUCGCUCAGGUUUGCAGUAGAACUACUAAUACCAACAUGUCGGACAACGAGGAAGUGGAUGAGUACCAGGUGCAGGAAGAGGAAGUGGCAGAAGCGGAGGAAGGGGAGGAGAUGGUGGAGGUGGAACAGGAGGAGGAGCAGGAGCAGGUGCAAGAGGAGGAGGCAGAGGAAGAGGCAGGAGAGGAGGAAGGAGAGGAGGCCAAACCUAAAUUCAAGCCUUUUAUGAUGCCGAACCUCAUCCCUCCCAAGAUCCCAGAUGGAGAGAAAGUAGAUUUUGAUGACAUCCAUCGAAAGAGAAUGGAGAAGGACCUGAAUGAACUGCAGACUCUGAUCGAGGUCCACUUUGAGAGCAGGAAGAAGGAAGAGGAGGAGCUUGUCAACCUGAAGGACAGGAUUGACAAGCGUCGCUCUGAGCGAGCCGAGCAGCACAGGAUCCGCAGUGAACGUGAGAAAGAACGACAGAAGCGUCUCGAGGAUGAGAGGACAAGGAAGGAGGAAGAGGAGUCCAGAAGGAAAGCUGAGGAUGACGCCAAGAAGAAGAAGACACUGACCAGCCUGCACUUUGGAGGCUACAUGCAAAAGACAGAGAAACGUGUGGGCAAGAGACAGACUGAGAGAGAGAAGAAGAAGAAAAUCCUGAACGACAGGCGCAAAUCACUGGAUGUGGAGAAUGCCAGCCAGGACAAGCUCAGGGAUAAAGCUAAAGAGCUGUGGGAUUGGAUGCACCAGUUGGAAGCUGAGAAGUUUGAGCUGCAGUACCAGUUCACUCGGCAGAAAUAUGAGAUUAAUGUACUAAGGAACCGUGUGAGUGACCACCAGAAAAGCUCCAAGAGGACCAAGAGAGGCCUGAGAAAAUAAAUGUCUGAUGAACUGAAGAACUUAACCAAUCUGAGUAAAUCUCUUUGUCUCCCUUUCCAUUUGUAUCCUUGCUUUGUCUCUCCAUUUGUGUCACUGUGUCCCCCCUCUCUCCUUACCAGUGACGGGUCAACCGUUCUACAUCCUCACCUUCACCUCUCUCACUCCACUCUAACUUUCCUUGCUGUCAUGAUGACAGUUUGUUUUUCCCUAUUUUCUUUCUUUGGUUCAAAGUUCCAUUACUUUUCUGCUCAUGUAACGUAUGUUUUCUCCAAAGUGUGUGAGUAGUGUAAAUAAAAGUCAUCUAAAUAUCUA